AUUUUGUUCAUAUAAAAUGUAGUGUUCAUAUUUAUACUGUAAUAAUUGAUGUUUAUGAACAUUGAUUUUUUUUAGGUAAAUAGAAAUCCGAAAAAUAAUUCCAACUCAUGAAAGGAAUAACUAAACGCAAAAUUAAGAAAAAAAGUGCGUUCAACUUUACCAAAAAUAUUGAUUUCUCAUCUGUCAAGAAAGUUGUUUUUACCGCGGGUUAUUUUAGAAAAUCAGCGAAAAUGUGUGAAAAUCACGUAAUAAACAGUUUAUUUACGGACUUCCAGAAGAAUAUGGAUAAAGAGCAAGAGAUACGAGAGGUUAUACGAAAUAUCUGCAAGGAUGUCGGUCAAAUAUCGCGGGAAGCGACCACAGUGCUUCAAGUUAUCCACCACAAUGAAGCGGGCAUUAAUCCUGCCUGUCUCAAGGCUAGGGAAUUGUUUGAGAAGGCACAAGAAGGAUACGCCAGAUUGAAAGAAGCUCUUCCUCCUAAUGAUUACUACAAAUACCAAGAGCACUGGCGUAACAUGACACAGCGAUACUGCUUUCUGAUUGCUCUAACAGUUUGGCUGGAGACAGGGAUCCUGGCCACACAUGACACCGUUGCACAAAUGCUUGGCAUAAGCUCCGUUGAAAGUAAGACUGGUUUCCACCUGGAUAUAGAAGACUACCUCAAUGGACUGCUGCAGCUGUGUUCUGAACUGUCACGCCUUGCAGUGAAUUCAGUGACACGCGGCGACUUCGAGAAACCUAUGCAGAUCUCCAAGUUCGUCAUGGAGCUAAAUGCAGGCUUCAGGCUACUGAAUUUGAAGAAUGAUCAUCUCCGCAAGCGCUUCGAUGUACUCAAAUACGACGUGAAGAAGAUAGAAGAGGUUGUCUAUGAUCUCAGUAUUAGAGGGCUAAGGCCCAAACCAGAGGCUGUUGUCGAUGGUCAAUAAAACUGUCAUAUUUUGGUACCAAUACUUUGGAAAUUAAAUUUUGUAUAAUUUUUUAGUCAGAUGCUAGGAUUUUGCAUAUUUUGAUGUUGUUCAUACAGCCAUACAUACCAGGGAUGUUAGUAAGCUCCGUAACCGAAACCGAAACUAUCGGAU